UAAGGCCUGCGAUUGGGUCCACAAAUCAUCAGUUGCACUCAGGUCUUCACCAGCAAUCAAUCGAAUCUAAUAGAACGGAAAGCAAGAUGCGUCUCACACUCCUGGCCCUCAUCGGUGUCCUGUGCCUGGCCUGCGCCUACGCCCUGGACGAUGCCGCCGACAACGAGCAGGUGAUCGGACUCCUGGACGUCGCCGACCAGGGAGCCAACCAUGCCAACGAUGGAGCCCGAGAGGCCCGCCAGUGGGGCGGCGGAUGGGGAGGACGAGGAGGAUGGGGAGGACGAGGAGGAUGGGGAGGACGAGGAGGAUGGGGACACGGAGGAGGCGGAUGGGGAGGCGGCUGGGGUGGACGACGCGGCGGCUGGGGUGGACGAUGGGGAGGUUGGUAAGCCCGAUGGUGAACACGCCUCCGGCCACACCCACCACUUGCCCAACGUCGAAGUACACUCACCCAAGGAUGUCAAGGCGUUAAUAAAGAAUAUUGAAGCAUUUAAA